UCUUCCUGUCUCUCACCCUUCUCCUCGCACAUCCUUCACCAGCAAUGGAGGCCUCGCUGCUGUUCGUAGGAAUAGUUGGCAAUGUUAUCUCAGUUCUGGUCUUUGCUUCUCCCAUCAAUACAUUUCGGAGGAUAGUGAGGAAUCGAUCAACCGAAGACUUCGAGCCGUCUCCCUACGUCAUCACCCUCCUCAACUCCUCCUUAUGGGUCUACUACGGCAUCACCAAGCCCGGGGGACUCCUCAUCGUCACCGUCAACGGCGUCGGCGUCGUCAUGGAAGCAGUUUACGUCGCCCUUUUUCUGCUGUAUGCUGCUCCACCGCUGAAGGCUAAGACGGCUGUUUUGGUUGCCGCGCUGGAUGUUGGAUUCUUUGGAGCUGUGGCUCUGGUGACGAGGUUGGCUGUCCAUGGGAGCUCGAGGGUGGUGGUGAUAGGAUUCGUGUGUGCCUUUCUCAAUGUGCUCAUGUAUGGAUCGCCCCUCUGUGCAAUGCAGAGAAGUGUGAUCACAAGGAGGAGUGUGGAGUAUAUGCCAUUCCUUCUUUCGUUCUUUCUCUUCCUAAAUGGUGGAAUUUGGACACUCUAUGCAAUACUUGAUAAGGAUAUCUUUAUUGGGAUACCAAAUGGCAUUGGAUUAAUCCUAGGAACAUCUCAGCUAAUCAUGUACAUGAUCUACAUGAAUUCUGAAGCCUCCAAUCUAUCAGGGGAAUCAUAUCAAGAAUCGCAACAACAGCGGCUUAUUGUGGCAAGCAACGAAGCUAACAUCCCUUAGAUAUUUGAUCCCUUUGUACUUCAUGAUUUCUUAGAAGAACAAUGUUCUCCUAA